ACGCUAACCAUUGGACCAUACAACUAUUAUAAAUUAACUUUUCAUCACAACAGGGAGGUGGAGAUGGCUCAUCAGGUGUUGAGUAAAGACAUGGCGGCCUUAGUGGAGGCCAUGAGGCUCGCUAUACAGUACGCAGACACCACGUUGCAUCAUGAAUACACCAAGAGUAUGCUAUCAGCUGCGCACGUGUUGGCGAUGGAUGCGAAGAACCUUCUAGACGUGGUGGAGUGCAUCAGGCAGCGGCAUCCGAACAUCGACUGGCGCGCCGCCCUCCGCCCCCCCACCCCCGAGCCCCCUCCGCUCCACACUCCCCAACCCCUUCCGCUCCACACUCCCCAGCCCCCUCCACCCCACACUUCCCAGCCCCCUCCGCCCCACACUCCCCAGCCCAUCCUCCCGCAGAACCAAACGCUCACGUCACAAAACAAGAUCUUCGCCAACCGAAACCAAUCCUACUCCCCUCAAAACCCGAACGAUCAUUGCUCCCUCAAAGAAGAAGAGCCCCCUAGAGCGGACUUCAAAAUCGAUCAACCUUGUACACAAGUCGGCACCGCUCGAUUGACCGCGGAUCCCUCUAAAGAGCAUUCGAGUCUGCCGGUGUCGUCGAAUCGAGUUUCCACUCUGAUUCACAAUUACAACCUCUACAGUAAUAUAGAGCCUCAACACUUGUAUGGAAACGCGGAAGUGGCCUUCCAGCAUUCGUCGAGCGUGGAUGAAACCAAAAUCGACUCUGCCCCGAUGGAAUCCGUCAAAAGUAGAGUCCAAGCGAUAUCGGGCAAACUAGAUUCUCCACUGUAUUCUGUCACUAAAAAAGUGUCACUAGAUCGGAACAUGAGUGCCGGCGAUCAAGGAUGAAGUUUGCCAGGUUAGAUUAGCUCGCUUGUAGUGGCAGUGUUUUUAAUUUUCCAUUUCCCCCCCUCGUAGGGUGACGGCUUCGGCUCCUCGAGUGAGUUCUGCACUUACCCGGCUUCGAAAGUAGCGAUUGAAAGUAUGACGAUAUUUAUUUUUUUAUGUUUGACUUUUGUGACGCCUUUAGUUUGCUCCCGGAACGUAGUCGUAUGCGGAUUUCGAAAAGACAAAAACGUGUAAUGCUCAAUAUUGAAAGUAGCGAAUAGUGUUUCAUUGUAAUAAGCGCUGAGCUUAAAUGUUUGUAAUGAGUUAGAGAAUUAUGUUUGUGUUUUAACGAACCGAAUAUGAACGCUUCUUAGAUAAUUAUUAACAUUAAUUUAUUAUUUCAUCGACUAAAAUAUCUUACCAUAAUUUAAUUGAAACGAUAAGUUGAUAAUUAAUUCUAUGAGACUUAAAAGCAAUGAUUUGAAUACAUACAUCAGAGUUAAUACAAUCUUAUGUAGCAUUUGCUGAUUUCUGGGACAAACAUUAGUUUUUCAGGAGGUACGUGCGCGUAAUAAAACUAAACUAAAAAUGUAUCAUAUAAUUUUUUUUAAUUAUAUUUAAUAACAGUAAGAAUGCUUUUUUAAUUGUUUUUUAAUAUAAUAUUCAGACAUACAUGGGUCUGAAUUAACUGAAAUAUAUUUAACAUUAAAUAAGUGAUUGUUUAUUUAUGAAUCUUUUAUCAGAUUUCUUCACAAAGCUAAUGUAUUAGAGAAGCGUUCGGUACUCGUUAAUUCAUAUAUUCAAUAACGCAAGCUGUUAUAUAAUCAUAAAUGAAAGUAAUGAAUGAUUUACUAACUGUAUCAAUUAACUUGGUAACAUAAUAAUUGUGUUAUUGUUGCUUUAGUGUUAUAUAUCUAUUCACAUAUCAUCGGCAUUGUUGCGCUUCAGAUUUUAAUAUUAUCAUGUUGCUACGAUGAAAAAUAUAACAUAGAUGUACCUAUAAUUCUUAAUGAAAUAAGCAUUAUUCAGUGCGGAAUCAAAAAAACAAUAACGUCCGAGAACAUCUUAUAAUUUGUCGCUUAAAUAGCAAUAUCGUGUUGCUUAAAUUUGACAUUUUUCAUUUACGAAUAAAAAUUACCACUCAUAAAUUUAUAUAUUUUUUUAAUUUCAUUGAAUCCAUAAAUAAAUUACAAUUAUUUUCGAACAUUAUGUAAUUAUAGCGGAUUUCUGCCAC